UGGGAGUAAUAAUCCUCCGCAACUCACCCCACCGUUACUACACUAUUUCGUAGGGUUUAAUGGUGCUCUCUUCCGCCUCCUCCUCACUCUCUCUCUCUCCCUCCCUCCCUCUCUCCACCGAUAGCCGCAAACCACACCUCCCGUUCUAGAGAGAGAGAGGCUCGACACUUGACAGCGCUUAAAAGCACCGCGUUGUGUGUGUGUAUGUAUGUAUCUCUAUCUAUACGCAUAUCUGUAUAAAUAGAAAGAGAGGAAUUUGGAUGCUCUUUCAUGGCUGAAACUCUGUUCGAUUCGUAUAAAUCCAUUACGAACCCGAACGACACUUCGUCGGACCCAUCGGAUCCGAGCAAGAAGACGGAUGGAGCUCCGUUCAGCAGGAAAAUCGACUUCCACUUGGCGAGGAAGCCUUUCAGUGGGUUCAGCAACGGCGUCGGUGGGUUUAAGUUGGAGACACUGAACCCUACGAGGUCGGAUCCUCACAGGCCCGGUGGAUCGAGCCAAGGGAGCGGGUUUUCGGGUCUGGGUGGGAAGAAUAAGCCAGAUGGGUCGUCGUCGGAGUUUUUGGAUUUCGGGUUGGAUCCUGAGCUCAGAUUCGGGAUUACUUUCAGGAGAAUCGGUGCAGGACUGAAAAAUCUUGGAAAUACUUGCUUCCUCAAUUCAGUAUUACAAUGUCUCACGUACACAGAGCCUUUGGCAGCAUAUUUACAAAGUGGGAAGCAUCAAAAUUCUUGCCGUACUGCUGGAUUUUGUGCUUUGUGUGCUAUCCAGAAGCACGUUAGCCGUGCCUUGCAAUUACCACCUGGGAGAAGUUUAGCACCGAAUGAUCUUGUCUCAAACUUGAGGUGCAUAUCUCGGAGCUUCCGAAAUGCCAGACAAGAGGAUGCUCAUGAGUACAUGGUUAAUUUGCUGGAGUCAAUGCACAAAUGUUGCUUACCUGCAGGAGUAUCAAGUGAAUCACCAAGUGCUUAUGAGAAAAGUUUGGUCCAUAAAAUCUUUGGUGGUCGCCUCCGUAGCCAGGUGAAAUGCAUGCAAUGCUCCUUCUGCUCCGACAAAUUUGAUCCCUUCUUAGAUUUAAGUCUUGAAAUCAUCAAGGCAGAAUCAUUGCACAAGGCACUCACACACUUCACUGCCAAAGAAUAUUUAGACGGAGGAGAGAGGCAGUACCAGUGUCAAAAGUGCAAGCACAAAGUAAAGGCUCUCAAGCAGCUCACUAUUCACCAGGCCCCUCAUGUUCUUACCAUCCAUCUAAAGCGCUUUGGUGCACAUCAAGCUGGGCAAAAGGUUGACAAGAGAGUUCAAUUUGGUCCAACAUUGGACUUGAAACCUUUUGUCACUGGUCUCUAUGAGGGAGAUUUGAAGUAUACUCUUUAUGGUGUUCUUGUUCAUGCUGGUUGGAGCACCCAUUCUGGCCAUUAUCACUGCUACAUUCGCACAUCAAGUGGCAUGUGGUACUCCCUUGAUGACCAUCAGGUUCGCCAAGUUAGUGAAAAGGUGGUUUUGGAGCAGAAGGCCUAUAUGUUAUUCUACGUUCGAGACAGAACAAAUUCUACUCUAAAGAAGCAUGUUGGUUUUGUUCAGAAAGAAAGCAUGAUCACAAAUGCCAUUGGAAACAAAAUGCAUUCCACUUUAAAUCAAGGUUCAAAGGAAACAGUUCAAAAUGGCCCAAUUGAUAAAAGAGUAAUUGACUCUGCUGCUGCCGUAACCAGGAACAAUGCUAUCAUCAGUGAUGUACUGAUGGAAAGCUUCACGAAGGAAGCUUCUAUUCAGAAAACUAAGGGUCCUGCACUAGAAAUUUCAUCCAAGGUGCCAAUAUCCAACAAUGCAGUAAAUAGGCUUCCUAUUCUGCAUCUGAAUGGAGAACAUUUAACAAAAUCAGCUUGUAUUGAGGGCUCUGACAAGACUGUCAAUAAUGCUUUGGGUGCAACAACUGACGGUAAAACUAGCGAUUCCUACAAGGAGAGAUGUACCAAGAAAGACAACACUGAUUUGGUUGUGGUAGCGCCCAAUGCCCAAGUUUUGGUAACCAAUAAAGAUCAAAGCAUUGUCAAUGCAAAGGCCCAUAUGAGCAAUGACACAAGUACCAAGAAAGAUAUGAGUGACUCAAUUACCAUAGCUCCCGAACUCAAUGGCCGCCAAAGUUCUGCUGGAGAUUCAUGUAUCACGGAAACUACACCUCAAAAGAUACAUAGUGAGGCUUCAUUGCAGAAAUCUAAUGAGAGAGAAUCUGCGUUUAUUGACCAUGUAAAAUCAUUGGAUGAGCCAAGCUGCGUAAACAUUCAGGCCAAGGGUUUGUUGACGGAAAGUACUCUUGGAGAUGGUGGUCAGAGAAAGGGAGUUACUGAAUCAGUAGGAUCAUCAGGCAUACAAACCAUGCAUAUCUCUUCACACAAUGGGGCUGUUGACCAUAAGCGCCAAGAAAAAUUGAAGAAGAAGCUUCCAAAGUGUCCGAUUAAUAGCGUGCACCUUGGCUCAAGCAUCCUUUUUGGGGUAUAUUUAAGCCUGCAGAAGAAGAAGCACAAAAAGAUCAAACGGCGCGUUGUAAAGUUUGGCAAUGUAACUAGAGAGCACAUAAUGGACUCAGAAUGUAGUCCAUCAAUGUCUGAAAUAACCAGGACACUGUCAUUUAAUGAUAAACUUCACUCUCGAGGAAAGGGCUUGAAAUCAUGUUCAACUAAGAAAGACGAUGUUGCUGUUGCAAAGAAUGUUAAAAGUUCAGAUGACAAUUUAGCGAGGGGGGUCAUUGAUGAAGAAUUUAGAGAGAGAAUUGUUCAAAAUGGUGCUGUGCUUUCAACAGAUAAACCGCCACUGAGGAACUUUCGCUCCCCUCUGACAGGAAAUGAAUCGGGUGCUCGAUGUGCUAAUGGUACAAAAGAAAGUAGUGGAGAUUCAGUCCAAAAUGGCUUAAUGAGCAUGCUUACCAGAGGUUUGGAAGAGAAAACUGUUGCACGUUGGGAUGGGAUAGAACUGCCUCCUUCUCGCAUUACAGAAUCAAGUUGUGUGCAGUCUGUUAGAGUUGGUUACAUCGGAGAUGAAUGGGAUGAAGAAUAUGACAGGGGAAAGAGGAAGAAGGUUAGGAUCUCGGAGAAUGUUUUUGGUGGACCAAAUCCAUUCCAAGCAAUUGCGAGCAAGAAGGCCAAGUUGAAGAAGGUGAAGAUGGACCAGUCCAGCUCAGGAAACCGACCUUAUAGGAUAUGAAAUAUGUUGAUCAUGAGCUGAGCAGAGUGCGUAAUGCGGAAUGCAUGCGGAAUAAUUUUGCUUUUGAGAGUUUUUAUUUUUAUUUUUAUUUUUUUUCCAGGUUUUGCUCAUUGUGAAAGGGUAACUUGGGAAUCUGUACGGACAAUUCGUACGUGGGAAUAUCUGAGUAGUUGGGAAAUGUACAAGCUGUGAGAGCUUUCUUUUAUUUAUGGAAUGUAACAAGCUUUGAGCUGGUAUAUUGCAAGCUAAAUUUUGUAUCCGGAUUGGUAAACCAAAGUCAAUGGACACUUUUUAAGUUUGUUAAGCAAUGAGAGGAGUUGUAUGCAAA